GUUCUUGUGAUCCACGCCUUGAUCAACACAACCAAGUCGCCCUUCCCUACAUGCAAGGAAGCAACGCGAUACAAUACUAUUAUGUCCGCCAUGGAGUCAACGGACACCACGGUCGAGCCUGCAGAAUUACUCGGAGAUGGCAAGGAAGGCAACCUCACCUACACGCGACAAGCUGGACAUAUCUCUGCGCUCAAAUCACCUGGCUUGAUGGAACUCCUGGCCGAGAAAGGGAUCAAGUCGCUGGUACUUGCUGGACUGAGUACCUCGGGAUGCGUGUUGAGGACAGCAUUGCAGGCUACAGACGAGGAGUUCGUUGUUACUGUCAUUAGAGAUGGGUGUGCCGACGCUAAAGAAGGGCUGCAUGACAUGUUGAUGGAGAAUAUUUUGAAUGGCAGGGGAUAUGUAGUCACCGCACACUGCUUCCAGGAACUCUUUGAGGAGACCAGAAGCCUGCAAUAA